AUGAUAGAAGAUAAGCAAAUAAAUGUGAAAAUUGAUAGUGAAAUUAAAUAUAAUAGAAGGCAUAAGGGAAAGAAAAAAAAUUUAGAAAAUAAUGAUUGUCACAAUGAAUUAUAUAAAUAUAAAAGAAGUUUACAUUUAAUUAAAAAAGCUAUAAAACUUAUAAAAAAUCACUAUUAUAAUAAAAUAAAUAAGGUUGAUACUCUAAGAAUAAGACAAAAAAAAAAAUUAUUUUAUUUUAAAAAAGAGAAUAUAAUUUUAGAAGACAAAUGUACUUUUUAUUCUGAACAUGUAGAAGAAUUAAAAAAAAUAUAUACAGAUCAAUUAAACAUGAAAAAUGAUAGGAUACAAAAUCUACAGGAGAAAAUAGAUAAAAUGAAUGGAAGUUAUGACAAUAAAUGUGAAUCUAAUCUUAUUAGAAUUUUGAAAUUACGUGAAGAUCAAAUUGAAAGAUUAUCUCAACAACUGAAUACAAUAAAUAAUUUAUAUCAUAAACAAGUUGAUAAUAAUAAAAAAUUAAUUGAGGAAAUAGAAGAUUUAAAUAAAAGUAUACUUUACCUCAAUAAUAAAGUUCUAGAAGAAAAGAAGAAUACAGAAGAUAUAAAGAAAAAAUUUAAAUUUUAUAGAAAAUAUAACAGAAAUAGAAAAAAAUUUAAACUUAAUUUUGAAAUCAUUAAUCAUCAGGGAGAAAAACAAAAAGUAAAAGAGAAUGAUGAUAUAUGUCUAUCUAUUUUAUGUCUACUUAAAACAGAAUUAGAAACUAUAGAUGAUGAAAAUAAAAAAAAAAAAGUAAAAGAAGAAGAUCAAAAAGGAUUCAAAAUAAAAAAUAAUAAUUUCUUUAAAAAAUUACUAGAAUCAAAUCAUAGGUAUAAAAAGAGUAAUAUUUUCGACAAUAUUUAUAAAAAACAAUUUUUUACUUUUUAUGAAGAUAAAUUUACAGAAAAUUAUAAAGUUAAUUUUGAAAAUAAAAAAAUUUUUUCUUUUCCUUUAAAUUACAAGAAAAAACUGAACAAAUACAGUAAUAUGUAUAAUUCUGAAAAGAAAAACAUUGAAAAAACGGAUAAUAAAAAUAAAGAAAAUUUGAAUAAAGGUGAUACAUGGAAUUAUUUAUCACUAAGUGAUAUUUAUUUUUAUAAUAACUUUAAUGAGAAUUUUGAUAAUAAUAGUGAGUAUUUUAUUAGAAAAAGAGAGAAAUGUUACAAGAAUUGUAAAGAAAAAUAUAAUAAAAAUAAUUAUGAGUAUAAUGAUAAAACUAAUAGUAUUCAUGACUAUAUGAAGCAUAAUGACUACGAUAAAAUAAAUAAUAACAAAUGUGAUAAUAAAAGGAAAAAAGACAAAAAUAAUAAAAAAGAUAAUAAAUAUAAUAAAUAUAAGAACAAAUCUAAUAUUAACUAUGAUAAUGUAAAUAGUAGUGAAUAUAUUUAUAUAAAUGAUAGUAAAAAUAAUGACGAUAAAAGUAACAAUGAAAAUAAUCCUAAUCAAAACUAUAUUGAAUACAACGAUAUAAGUAACAAUAUAAAUAAUAAUGAUAAAUAUAAUAAUAAUGAAAAUAAUAAUGAAAAUUAUAAUAAAUAUAAUAAUGAAAAUAAUAAUGAAAAUAAUAAUGAAAAAAAUAAUAAAAAUAAUAACGAAAAUAAUAAUAAAUAUAAUGAUGUAAGUAACAAUAAAAAUACUGUUGAUAAAUAG